AUGCGUGAAGCUGCUCAGCAAACUGAAAAGGCCCCAUUGCGGAAACUCUUACGGGAGAGGGGCCGAAAAGAGGGCACCUAUCGCGGUGGCCUGUGUGACAUUGUUGGCACUGGGGGCGACCAGCACUCCACCUUCAAUAUCUCCACAACUUCUUCUAUUAUAGCAUCACCAUUCCUUAUGAUUGCAAAGCAUGGCAACCGCGCGCAAACGUCCUUCUCCGGUUCGGCUGAUGUCCUAAAUUCGAUUGCGCCCCGGCCACCCAAUAUCUCCGCAGUCAAUGCGAGUAACCUUGUCCAGGUCCUUGAAGAGACCAACUAUGCCUUCCUUUUUGCGCCUAACUUUCAUCCGGGGAUGAUGUAUGCCAAUCCGGUACGACGAGGCUUAGGCCUCCGAACGAUAUUUAACCUAAUGGGUCCACUUGCCAACCCAGUGGAAUGGGCAUUGGAAGCUCGAGUGGUUGGCGUCGCAUACCAAAGCUUGGGACCGGUAUUCGCCGAUGCACUUCGAUUAAGCGGAGCCAAGAAAGCCAUGAUCAUCUGCGGUGAGGAAGAUUUGGACGAAAUAAGCUGCGCCGGGAAGACAAACUGCUGGAGACUGUCUGAAUAUCCGAAUCCAGCAUACAAGGAAUCCGGGCGCGCCGAAACAGACCAGGAUGAAGAGACAAGUGAUGAUGAAGCGCCCCCCAAGACUUUGGUCAAAUUGGAUAUGUUUCAAAUCCAGCCAUCAGAUUUUGGACUACCAUCGCAUCCGCUUUCCGAUGUCGGCGGAGGUAGGCCGCCGCGUGAAAACGCGCAAAUGCUCAUGAGCAUUCUACGCAACGAGCUCCCUCGCGACAACCCUAUUUUAGACUUUGUUAUUAUGAACGUGGCGGCGUUGCUUGUAAUAUCCGGCGUUUGUGAAGCUGACAGCAGCAAUAUGGGCCCAGGGGAUGACGGGAACGUUAUAAAAGAGCGUGGGCCGGGUGGACUUAGAUGGAAAGAAGGUGUAAGGCGUGCGCGCUGGGCAAUCGAGAGCGGAGAAGCUUUGACGUGUCUUGAGAAGUUUAUCGAUGUCACCAACAGGCUGUGA